AUGCAGCCACGGCGCUGGUUGCCUCACGACGCUCUCGCGCCCAGACACCACGGUCCCCGACGGCACGCCCGGAGCCACACCCUCGCGGCGCUUUCGCCCGUUGGAUUGAAAGCCAUGAGGGUCGCCCUGAUCGCGUUGGUGCUGGCCGCGGCGUGCCUGGCGGUCUCCGGCCAGGACGGCUGCACGGCGGAGCAUUGGAAGGUCGGGAAGACGGCCGCAUUGGAAACCAAGCAGCAUCAGGUGUCGGGCACGGUGGUCGUCCUGGAUGACUGCACCUUCGGAGUCCAGAACUUCACGUACGAUGGCACCGGCCCAGAUGUCUUCUGGUAUGGGGCGGACUCCGUGGCGAAUCUGGACACGGGAUUCAUCAUGGACGGCAUUCCCAGCUCGCUUGGUGCAUGGGACGGCUCCAGGCCUGUGAAUGUCACCCUUCCUGAGGGCGUCACGUGGGAUGACAUCAACGCCAUCUCUGUGUG